CUAAUUGACAGAUACAUCAAGAACUUAGUGGUCGGCAGUAAUCGUCUAAAAGGAGCGGUGAUUGAGUCGGCAGUCGUGCCACGGCUUAUACAACUGAUCCAAUCGUAUAACCACUCGAACCAUCUGUUGGCCAAAGAGGCGGUCCUCACGAUCUCGAGUUUGGCCAAAGGGACUGACGAUCACAUGAAAGUGUUGAUCGAAAGCGGAAUCGUUGUGACACUUCUGGAGAACACCAAAUCCAAUGACAACGCGUUCGUCGAGUCGUGUCUUCGGGCGCUGAGGACUCUAUUCAAGUCAUCGGAAGCGCCCAUUAAUCUGAUCUUUGAGAAGAACGAGAUGCCGGACGACUCGUUGCACUCAAUUAUACCUCAUUUGCUAUCAUUGGCCGCAAAUAACCAGUCGUUUGUCAAUAAGGAGUGCAUCGCAAACAUAAUGGCCUCGUGUUGUCAGUACUGCGAGGGAAGAGCUCUUCCCGACCUCUUAGUCUUAAUGAUGAGCCAACAGAUGACUAUUGAUAUGCAACUAAUCGCCGCCAAAUGCAUGACUUAUAUAUACCGUUCCGGUGCUCUGAACAGCGACGAUAAGCGCAUCGUUUACAAGACAUUACCGACUUUGGUCCGCAUGUGUAAGAAAGAUAAGGAGCCGUCGGUUCGGGCGACCGGUGCUGACAUUCUCGCCUAUUUGACUGAAAUCGACACUAUUCUACAGCAAACGGCCAGUAUUUGCGAUCAUCUGAUCCCAACGCUGGCCGAACUCCUGAAGUAUCAAUCGAAUUGCAUAUCACUCUUGGGUUACUCUGACCUCAAUAAUCAACCGAUAACUGCGGCCACAGUGAAGAAGUUGGAACAGGAAGUGAUCACAACGCAAGAGAUAAAACAGGCGGCGUUCAAAGCAUUCGCUUCUUUGGGCGCCAACGAUGAAGACAUAAGAAAAAAGAUUAUUGAAACCGAUUAUAUAAUGGAUCACAUUGUGAGCGGUCUCUCGGAUCCCAACAUAAAGACCCGAUUGUCUGCUCUCCGAUGUCUCCAUAGUUUGUCGCGUUCUAUACAACAAUUGCGGACAACAUUUCAAGACCACGCCGUUUGGAUUCCCCUAAGAAAUCUCUUACACAACGCGUCCGAUGAGAUAUUGAGUGUCGCCUCCAGUACUUUAUGCAACCUUUUGCUUGAAUUUUCUCCGAGUAAACAACACUUCUUAGAUCGCGGAGCCGUAGAUCUGUUGUGCGAACUGACGCGCAGAGAAGAGGCAGCGCUGCGUCUGAACGGCGUUUGGGCGCUCAUGAAUAUGGCCUUUCAGGCCGACCAGAAUGUUAAGUCACAAAUUCUCAACUCUUUAGGAACCGAUCAAAUAUUUCGACUUCUGUCCGAUCCGGACGUCAACACAUUGAUGAAGACUUUGGGUCUUUUGCGGAAUUUGCUCUCAAAUAAACCGCAUAUCGACCACAUAAUGAGUUUGCAUGGAAAACAGGUGAUGCAAGCCGUCAUUCUGAUCCUCGAAGGCGACCACACGUCCGAAGUGAAAGAACAGGCGCUCUGUAUUCUGGCCAACAUUGCCGACGGAGACUCAGCCAAAGAGUUCAUUAUGUCCAACGAAGACGUGCUCAAGAAGUUGACGUCAUAUAUGAUGCACUCCAAUGUGAAGCUCCAAAUAGCGGCCACUUUCUGCAUAUCGAACCUCAUCUGGUCUGAAGAGGACGGCGCCAACAAUAGACAGGACAGGCUUAAGGAGAUGGGCGUACUGAAGCUCCUGCAACAGCUGCUCACCUNUCUCAUCGGACGCGUUGUGUAA